AUGCCGCCGCCGUCGUCAAUCCCUCAGCCCGGUCAGGGCAAGCCGCCCUCACGACGCGGCUCUGUAAGCGGCCCCUCAGGUCCGCAGGGGCAGUUUCGUGCCAGCAUUGGAGCCAGCGCCAUCCCACGCCCGCAGACAACGCUCAGAGGACCCAGGCCGGGAGGUUUUCGUGCUUCGAUUAGUGCUCAGCCGUCUUUCACCUCCAACGUCAUCAGCGAUUCUCACAUUCCGCUCUCGAUUACCAACUUGAGCCGUUCGAGUUCGCGGCAAGGUCGUACACCGACCGGGCCAUCACCGCCGCCUGCCAACGAUGAAACUGCGGCCAGCUCUACGAACCAGACGCGCGAUAGCAGCAAGGAAAAUAUCGCGCCUCCAGAUGCUGCAGAGUACGAAGCCCAGAGGCGGCGCAUCGAAGAGCUGAAGGCCGAGGUCGGCACUCUCAGCUACCAGAUCAACAACUAUGAGCAGGAAAAGGAGUUGGCGCGACUGCAGAUGGACAACGAGAUGCGCGAUAUCCGACGACGCGCUGAGGAGGAUUUCAAAGCAAAACAGGCCGCCGAUGCCGAAAAGUCCAAGGCGCUGCGACAUGCCGAAUCGCUCCAAGCUGAGUUGGACGCCCUACGAGCCAAGAAGGAGACCCAAAAACGAGAACUCGAUGCGCAGACAAGGGAAGCACAGGAAGAGGCCAGAUUACUUCAAGAACAAGUUGAGGAGUUGAAGGCUAGCAAGGAGGAUGCGGCAAGACUAGCGGAGCGAGAAACUGCCGAAUUGAAGGCCAAGGUUGCUCUGCUACAGAGGACUGCUCAAGAAGCAGAGGAGGAGAACAGAACACGAAAUGAUACCCUCGAAAAAUUCAAUGCCCAACUGGCAGAGCGAGACGACACGAUAGGCAAACUCGAAGCCGAGGUGCUUCGACUUAAAGCUCACACAGGCGAUGCCGAGACAGUAUCCGUGAUCCGCAGGGAGCUCUCGGACCAAGUCAGUCACAUUCGGAUGCUCGAGUCCAAAAACCGCGAGCAGAUAACAGAGCUCAAGCACCUGCGACAGAUUCACAAGGCCGUGGAGGUGGUAGAGGAAGAGAAGCGGACACUGCAGAGGAAGUUGGAAGCGGCGCAAACUCUGGAGACGGAGCUGGCCGAGGAACGAAGGCAACGUCUAAGACUGGAGAAUGAAAGAAGGUCAUGGACCGCGUACCUCGAAUCGAACUCAGAGGGUCCGGUCGAGUUCCACUCACCUGAAGCCGUGGCAAGGUCGUUGGUAGAGGAGCGCUUCCGCUCUGCCUCGCUCACCGAGCGGCUGGGUGCUCUCCAGCCAGAGAUUGCCGACCGUGAUAACAUCAUCAAGUCGUUAGAGGAUGAGAAGGCCAGACUCCUCGAACAAAUCGAGAAACUCCGGGCGACCAGCGGUCCCACUGCUAACGACAAGGCCCGCGCCCGUCUCGACAGGCAACGCGCCCUGGCCGUCAAGGAAGUCGAAUACCUGCGCGCCCAGCUCAAGACCUUCGACAUGGAAGACGUCACCAUGCAACCUGAGCAGCUUGACGAGCAAAAGGCCAAGCGGAUCCAAGAGCUCGAAGAUCUCGUCGACAAGUACAAAGAGGAGGUUAACACCCUCCAUGCCGACCUGACCUCCCUCGAGUCUGCCACCACCAGCCCCGUCCAGCCCGUCGGCCACCACCUUCUCGGCACCAAACGGUCCCGCGACGAGACCGACGACGUCGAGUCCGAACAACUCGGCCAGCUGGCCCGCAAGAACCGCAAGCUCCAAUCCGAGUUCUCCGACCUGCAAACCGCCCACCGCAUCCUCCAAAAGGAGCACGAAGUGCUCUCCUCCCAGCUCUCGGCCGCCAAAGACCAGCUCAAAACCCGCAUCCUCUCCCUGCGCGACAACCCGACCUCGGAAUACGAAAAGAUCAAGACCGACACCCUCAAAGCCCUCAAGCUCGAAAACGCCGAACUGCUGUCCCACCUCGAGCGCCAACCGACGCUCUUCGCCACCGUCCCCGCCACGCAAAUCGCGGCCCUCAAGCGCGACAUCCAGGCGGCGCAAGCCGAGACGGCCUCGGCUCAGAAACGCGCCGACCGGCUUAAGCAGGUAUGGACCGCCAAGUCUGCCGAGUUCAAAGAAGCCGUGUUCAGCACGCUCGGGUGGACCGUCACGUUCAUCCCCGGCGGCAAGAUGCGGGUGGAAAGUGUUUACUACCCUUCCAAGACGGAGGAGCAUGAGAACUCGAUCGUUUUUGACGGGGAGAAGGGCACGAUGAAGGUGGGCGGAGGACCGAGGAGUGAGUUUGCGAAUAAGAUUGCGGAUAAUAUCCGGUUUUGGGUCAGGGAAAGGGGGGAGGUGCCGUGCUUUUUGGCGGCCUUGACGUUGGAAUUUUAUGAGGAGAUGAAUGGUAGUAAGCAGUUGACUACUGCUGGGGCCAGUGGUAGUGAUGGCUCUGGGACGCCUAUGGAGGGGGUAGUAGUGGCUGGAACUGGAACUGGAACUGCUUAG